UCAAUCAAUUUCAUCGUCGCUGGAUUUCGAGUCCACCGUAGAGGGCAUCCAGCUUGAGAAGGGACAAAGUUAGGGCCGGGCUUUCGCUGGCAACAACACACCAUCAGCGCUCCGAGGAGUUGAGUGACGCUUCACCCGACCACAGAAGAAGAGGUGGUUUCCGCUGGUCCGCGGGACGGCGCUUGAGCACUCGGCCGGGUCCUCCCCCCUGUACUUUUGGAGAUUGCUGACGAUGGCUGCCUCAGCAUCUUCUCCUAACGUGACUGACGCACUACUACUCGAGCCAGGAGCGCCGUUCGAGGAAGGCUUGACACCAGCAUCGACGUCGUCUGGCGACUACAACAGAGACGUCUCACAGGCGGCGGCAUCGCCCCUGAGCAGAAGGCUUCGACGCGCGCUUUCUAGAGGAACUGAUCCAGCCGCGAGAGUUCGCUCCUUCAAGCUCCACCCCGCCACUUCAAAGCCAGGGUCCGCCGGUACCUCGCAUCUCUCGCCGCCUUCCGGGCUCUCUGCCGGGGGCUCCAACGUCCAUUCCGACGACGAUGCGUCGUCACUGGGAGAGGAAGAACGCGACUGGGAAACGAUUGUGGGGCAGGAUGGCAUCAAACCGGGGAUGGGGCUGACAUGUUUCCACUCCGAGAAACACGGCUUCCGACUUUGGGUCCAGCCCGACAGCGUGCCGGUGCGGCUCUUGCCCGACCAGCAGGCCUCAGGCCCGGUCAGAGUGGGCGAAUUGUCCCAGACCGUGAGUUUGGAGGGCGGAAAACUGCAGGGGGUCUUGGAGGUAGAAUGCCUCCCAUGCGAGCGCCGGUUUGACGCGCCCUUGGUGUUGGACUACCUCGUCGACGAGGAUAGCCACGGCGACCGCAUUAUUGACUCCCACGGCAGAAUUCAGUACGAGAUCCUUAUCAAGGACUCUCGCUCCGAGAGAUGGGUCAGGGACCCCGAGAGUUCGAUUCCGCUGCAGAUCGUCCAGGAUAACCAAGGCAAGGUUUACGUCAGAGCCCAUAUCCGGCACUUCAGCCGUUGGGGACUCUUCAAGACGAAACCGCUCGUCUUCGGUCCUGAGCAAUACCACACACAGACAAUCCCCUGGGCGCAAAGAAAGCGGCACCAGAGCCUCAUCCACAACAAUACCCCCGGGGGCGUGAACAUCCACAUCUACGCCAUGCGGAUGUCCCAGUGGAGCGCCGCCCUGAAGUCUGUUAAGGCGGGGGCAGGGGAAGAGCGCUUCCAAGCGAAUUUCGAAUUCAGCGGGGACGUCCGUCAGAACGUCAACCCUGCGGCCCUGGUCCCCCAGAUGGUGACUAUACCCUCGGGCCAUAGCCACUGGAUUGAAGUUCCGCGAGUGGGAACCGGUUUCCGAUCGAGCCGAAAGGCGGUGGUCAUCAUCGUCACGGAGUCCAACGACGAGAACGACGGCACGAGAAUUCGAAUGGAGGCCGUGGAGCACCUUCGAAGCAAGACCAUGCUAACGGUAACCUUACGUGUGUCCGAAGAAGGCAAGGUAAUCGGGAGCCCCGUUGCCGCGGAAUCGGGCGGCAUUCUGUCGCAGGUAAUGCGAGUCAUCCAGAAUCAAGUCAAUGCCACGCCAAACAACCCGCCUUCGACGGCGGCCAGAACCAACACGGCGACUGGCGCAGGUGCGGAGAGUCUGUUUGUUGGUUCCCCCGCGACGGCGGGAGUUUAAGGCGUCGUCAACUCUCCGACUGAUGCGGGUCCUACAAUCGCUGGUGAUCGUACCGCGGCGGUGACAAGUGUCUACCACUCCAUCAGUGCUGCUGUUGUGACUGUGGUGACAGCGUUGUGAGGCCCAUGGACAGCCAGUCUCCACCAGUGCGCUGUUGCAUGGACUCAACCGAGUGCUCCCCACGCCUGCUAGUCGCGCCCGACGCUGCAGCUUGUAGUGCUGCACAGGGUCGUGAAACGUACGUACGUUGCUGCUUGGAACGCUUGCGGAGCAAAAUAGACUAGUCUAAGUAGCGAUUAGGAGCGGCUAGCCAAGCAAUACGGGGUUCUGUACCCACCGCGCCUGCACGAAUAUCACCAAACCCUUGAUAAGCAUCAGGAACCCUGCUGUGACCGCGGCACACGCCAAGUAGGGUGGUGAUCGGUUUUAAAUGGGUUGGUUUUACGGAGAGUCGUUCUUCGAAAAAACAGAAGGUGGUUGUAUAUGUAGUCAUCAAUGGGAUAGUCUAUAGCCACACUUUUUUUUUUACCCAGUCAACCAGACCAAGUGCUGUUUUGUACUACUCGCACCCAAGACCUGGGACAUGCAGCAGGUCGAACGUAGUUUUAGUUUUCUGUUUUUUCGGAACAAUGAUCGUGGUCGACGUGAUUCGGUGUCCGAUUCGUGUUUACCUCAGGGCAAGUGGGGGCCAAGCUACCAAGAGAGUCAGCCUCAACAGGUAGUGGUCGAUUGCUGUCCCCCCGUAGCAUAGUUGUUUGCAUCUGGCAUAAGAUGUGUCAUGUGGCGAUAAGGGAGUUGAGUGUUUGGCAUGACCGCCCAAAGCCUCCCCGAUAGAUAUAUUUGCAUCUACAGACGACAAUGAGGUUGAAUGAUUGUCAAGAACAGUGGGGGCGAUUGUGGGUGGCAUGUUCCCAACACGUGGGCCAUGAACGCAGCCCUAGCUACAUAGUACAACAACAUAUUUGGCGUCGGAAAUAUGUUUACUACGGAGUAUCUUUGAUUGCAGCAUAUGGCCGCGCGCCCGUGUGUGCGUGUUUCACCGGUCGCCAUGUUGGCGAAUGGUUAACGCGUCGCCAAUCUGAUAGUAGCAGGUUGUGGUUCGAUUCUCUCUACGGAGGGUUUCUCUGCCUACCAUUAGGCUAAAGCGUUAUACAAUCAUUUUCGUUUGUAGUACUCAACCUUGGCCAUGAUGGUCGACGAGAGAUUCUCGCGGUAAAAACUACCACAGACUCAAAAGGCAAGUACCGCAGUAGGAGGUAAGAUGCGGCGAACAGAAAAGGAAACAAGUCCCUGUGUGACUUACUGUGCGCCAGAAUAAAUGAGACACAAACAAACAAUAUCAUCUAGACUAGACUAGUCUAGAUACCUCGGAUCGCUCUGAUCGGCA